AUGAAAGUGUACAAGGCGCCGAGGGACGAGGCCAUCCCUGAUGUCGAUAUCCUGACGCUACUUUUCGAGCAUGGGCUUUGUUUGGCCCGGGAGGAUACGAGAAUACAUGUUGACGCCGCAAAUCCCGCCAGCUAUGUGACCAAGGCUCAAGCAAGGACAUUGACGAAACGUGUUGCCCAUGUCCUUCGUCAUCACUAUGGCAUUGGGACAUCUGGUGUGGGCAAAGACCGCGUUCUGACCAUCGUCAACGGAAGUCCUUUUGCACCUGUCUUUUUCUACGGCCUCGUUGCUGCUGGAGGGAUCUUCUGUGGUGCAGGUACCGACUACAAGGUCUCAGAUUUGGUUCGUCAGAUCAAGGAUUCAGGAACCAGUCUGUUGGUCUGCUCUCCCGAAUGUCAGACACAGGCCAUAGAAGCCGCGGACGUUUGUGGUAUCUCAAAGAACCGACUUCUUAUCCUGGACAGCAGAAAUUGGCGACUUUUAUCUGCUGCUACUGGCCUGGACCUUCUCGGCUCCGAAGAGCUGGACUGGCCUCGACUGACGGAUCCACGAGUGCUGGAGCAGACCACAAUAUGUUUGCUUUACUCUUCCGGGACGACCGGGCUACCAAAAGGCGUGCGUAUCUCACAUCGAAGCCUGGUUGCCAACAAUGUUUGCACCAUGGUUCCCGCCCGGCGGUAUAAGAUUGGCCAAGCCAGACGGGGAACCCAUUUCUCCUUCGACACAAUCGCCCACCUUCCUAUGGCCAACAUUGCUGGGAUCAGCCUGUAUGCAACAAAUCCGUUUUACAUGGGUGGUACUACCUACUGGAUGGAGAAGUUCGACUUCGACCUGUUUCUGGGAUACCAUCGACGGUAUCGUCCACAUUAUCAAUUCACCGUCCCGCCCAUUUGGCUACGGAUCGCAAAGAGCGAUGCAGUCACAGACCAUUUUGAUGCAUUACAAGUCGCGGUGACGGGCUCUGCGCCGGUUGGAUUGGACAUGCUGAAGGAGGUCCAGAAGAAGUUGGGCCGGGGGCACGCGUAUCUGUCGCAGACCUGGGGCGCAACUGAAUGUGCUGGCGUAAUUACAGCUCAGGAAUGGCAACUUUACUCUGAGAGUGGCAAGUGGAGUGUCGGAAGCCCUUGUCCGAAUGUCUCGUUGAGAGUGGUUGACGAGGAUGAUCGUGACGUUGAGGAGGGUCAGCCCGGCGAAUUGCUGGUUGGCGGACCCAUUCUGGCCCAAGGAUAUCACAACAGACCAGAUGCUGAUCAAGAGACGUUCACCAACGGUUUCUAUCGUACUGGAGACAUUGGUAUCAUCGAAGAUGGGCUGGUCCAGAUCAUCGACCGCAAGAAGGAACUCAUCAAAUACAAAGGCGCGCAGGUCGCUCCCGCGGAGCUUGAGGGCCUCCUCACGUCACAUCCCCGGAUAGCAGACGCCGCGGUCAUAGGGAUCUGGAAUGAAAAUCAGCAAACAGAGCUCCCACGAGCUUAUGUCGUUCGUCAGCCAACGACCACAGAGCACCUGCCCAUCACCGCCGAGCAGGUGGCUGACUUUGUGAAAGUUAAGGUUUCCAGUCACAAACGCCUUCGCGGUGGAGUGGUGUUCCUGGAUGAGAUACCGAAGAGCGCUUCAGGUAAAAUCCUGCGGAAAGAGCUUCGCCAGAAGGCCAGCAAGAAUGAGGUCAAGCUGUAA